UAGUAAAAACGUGUAGUGUAACAAGUUAUUGUGUAGUGUAAUAAGUUAUUAAAUUGAAGAGAGAAUGGUGAAGUUCAUUUCAAAACUUAGCAUCACCUAUUUUUAAUGAUGUUUCAACCUUAGUUUUUGCAUAUCUAAUUUUCCGAAGUGACAAAUCUAACCUAACAAAAACGUAAUAGCAAAGGAUUAGCCAGAAGCUUUAAAAGAUCUUUAUCUUGUAAUACCGGGAGGUGCAUACGUAAUACCAGGUUUUAUGGGCUACGUGUGACAGAUCGACACCGUUGAAGGUGUAUACUCGAGGGACAAGAUCCGGCUUGCACAGCGGAGAGAAAAUUCGAGAGAGAAGCGAUCGUAUCGUGAAUUUAUGCGAUCUAUAAAAAUCCUUCUGCCCUUAGGCGAAAUUCACAUAACACUUGACUGCACACGUUUUUCCUUCGUAUUACGUACGAAUCCGUAUUUCUUCUUUGGGAAACCCCUUUCGAUGGAUUAUCAUCAACACGAAAUACCGCAAUUGAGAUGAAUACGUUCGUUUAUGACCCGAGCAGCGAGAUGCAAGUAAAAUGUGUCACGCGGAGAUCCUGAAGGAUCAUCCUGCUGUAACGUGGGUAUGGCGUAAUGAGCGAAGAAGAAUGCAGCACGGCAGAGGAGGCUAGAUGAGCCCCAACCUUCAGAGAGUUGCAUGUACGAAUCAUCAAAGAGUUAUACACGAAACACAGAAACACACAUCUCACAGAGAAAACGGAAGUGGAAACAAGCACGUGUGUGGAAGACUACGCGGUCCAUACCUGGUCCGCCAUUUUGGCGGCAUGGUCCUUUGGGCCACUAUACUAUUCCUGCAAGGAGCUAGUUUUGUCGGCUCGGUGACAGGUAUCCCAGGUGUUCCAGAAAAUAUCACGGUGAUGUUCCUAAAUCCAACGUCUGUCCGCGUUUCUUGGAGCACCAGUCAAGUUGAGCAAGUCGAGAAAUACGACGUCACGUAUAAGCCAACAGAUGCCAGUUACAGGGUGGUGGCGGUGGUCGCAGGAAAUAGUGAAGCGGUCACAUUGAGCGGCCUUAGGGCUGACACGCAAUACCAACUUGUCGUCACCGCCGUUAGAGCAGGCAAAAAGUUUCGAAGUCGACCGAUCGUCUUCCGUACGCUAGAACCGCCAAGAACAUCCCCUCAACAGGAUGCAGCGGUAACUGACGGCCCCCUUCCACCACCCCCGCCUUCUUCGCAACAACCACAACCUUAUAUACAAGUUCGCGGCGUAGAAGUGGGCAUCGUGGUGUUGGUGUUGAUCUUCUGGGCGGGCGCGAUAGCGUUGUUCUUCAACCGUUGGGGAAAGAUUCGCAUGUUGCUGCCGUAUCAACCUGAUUACAAAGAACAGUUGAAGGUUCCGGGCACUGGGGUAUGCGCAGCGGCGAACGCUGCUUACACGCAACACCCGACUCAACACACCUGCUCUCAGCAUCUGCACUGGUCGAGCCAUCACGUGGACUCCUUGGAUAGCGGAGGUGGUUUAGGGUGGCCCAGGACAUCGAGGCCCCGGGUGAACAGCGCCAUCGACGUAGCCGGCUUCCUAUCCCAGGAAUUUUUACGGCGGCACGGUUCAACGUCGAAACUGUGUCGGAAGGUUCGCAGUGCAGAUAACUUGCCGCUGGCAUCGACCAAUAGACAAGAUCAACGAAAUUCGAAGGAAGAAGGCAUCGAUGGCGACAAAGAAUCCUUCUUAAAGCCGACUCAAGAAGAGAAAUACGAGGAUUUAGAGUCUAAAAGGCAGAGCAGCCUCGAGAGCGGUCCAAAGGAUAAUCCUGAAGUCUCCUUGCUCGAUCCUAAUUGUCAGCAACUCUCUUUAAGGGAUUCUCCGAUAACGUCCUCAUCGUCGUUCGUCGGCCGACGUUUCGGGGGAUGGCGAGCCGGCGGAAGUCACGAAUAUGUUCGGUGUCCUGUACGACAACCUGCUUCCAUGGAUGAGCGGUGUUACCGGCGGUCUUACGAUUCCGACGCUCGUCAAAGCCAUUAUCACCAUCAUCACCGUCGCGGCGGGAUCGAGCGCCACUCGAAGAGCUGCGACUACGCGAAACGUGGCCCCGAGUCGAGCAUCGAGGUGCAGCAUUUCGGUCUGCCGAUCCUCAGCGUCAGCGAACCCAGCCCACCCGACGAGAACGACCGUGUGGACGAGUAUUUGUAGGACUUGCUUGUCGAGGACUUCCUCAAGGAACUCCUCGUGUGAUCCCUCGUUUCGUGCGACGCUACCCGUUGAGUUUGUGCGUCCUCAAGGAUUGGUAAGCUCCAAGCAAAACUCUCGGCCGCUCGAACGCAACCCCAGAUCAUUCUGGGUGAUCCUCAACAAACUUUACAAUUUUAUCGCCGAUCUUCUCGGCUGUUUUCAACGCAACGGUCGCACGGAUUGACCCUAGGUGAGAACCGUCGAGUUUGUGGGUCCAAAGAUAUUUGUAAGCUCGAAGCAAAUUUUAAACACGAUGGUCGAUUAUGGUUUUCGAUCGAUGUCCUUUGCAUGGAGGUGUUCCUGACGCAACUAUUUCAUGAUUCUGACGAUACUGAGUCUAGGCAAAGAGUAGGUACAAGUACCUUUGAUAACUUUGGAUGUUUCCCUCUAUGUAUGAUGGGAAAUUUAAAUCCCAAUUUAUUGGGGUUUCAUAUCAUUAUCUAAUAAUUUGAAAUUUCGUUGUACAUUUUUAGUAUAUUACUGAUACAGUAAAGUCUCGAUCUAAGUGAAAAUGAUCUGCAUGAUAUAAGUGAAAAUGAUCUACUCGAUAUAAGUGAAAAAAUUGUGCUCAUCACUGAGAUCUCGCGAGACGUUUAGAAGUUCGCUUGCCGGGAAGUGUAACAUGAUUCGAGUGUGUGUAUCCAAUAAAAAAAACAGUGUAAAUAUGAAACUUUCUUUUAAAACUUGUUUUCGACUUUUUUUGUUAUAAAAUUUCUACCAACAGAUUUCUGAUAUUUUUCCAAUUAAAAUGAUACCAGACACUAUAUAAUUUGCACCAGAUUUACUAUAUUUACUAUAUUUUAUAAUUAUUAUUUAUAUUGGUUUCAUUAUCAAUAAGUUAAGAACGCAGAAAAAGAUGGUGAAUAACUACGAAAAGGACGCUGAGAUUGUACCAGUCGACAAAGGUCAAAAGCCUACUGUAUUGUUUACAGUGCUAACAUGCUGGUAACGUUUAUUUUUAGUCCCUUUUUUUAUACACUUUUCCAAUAUAUUUGUGACUUUUACCCCAUUGAAAAGGGUUUAUUUUUGUAUUAGAAUUGCCUACGGAUAUGUUACUGUUUGUUGUUUACCUUCGAACCUUUCCGUCGUUUGCUAUUCUUUUUUGCAUUCGUCAAACUUCGGUUAACGUCGGAACUACCCGAUGUGAACAGAAGUUUAGAACCGAAAGAUUCUGAACUACAUGAAUAAAAUAUUUAAAAUACAAGUAAAUAUGUUCUGAAUUACGUCGUGUUUAGUCUCGUUUUAAUCGGGAAAUUGUCACAAAUAUGUAGGUAAAAGUUUCAUAAUAACAAAACAGAAAUAAAAAGAUUUUAUUCUUGCGUUAAAAUUGAUCGAAUAUAUUACUGUUUACGUUCGGUCGUUCGAACGUUUCCGUUGUCCGUCUUUUGUACGUUCGGUAAACUUCGGUCAAUGUCGGAGCUACUCGAGACACUGUUAUGAUCUUCGAAAUAUUUACAUCGAUUUUGCGACCUUGAAAUGUUGAAAACAAGAAGGCAUGUACUAAAAUGAUUACUCUAAGAAAAUAUUUAAAGAAUAUAUUCUACAGAAAUGAUUAUUACAAAUAACGUGUAAAGAAAUGAACUAUUUAUUGCAAUAAAAUACAUAUUUAUAUGUUACAGAGAAAUGAUAAAAUAUUUAUUACAAAUUACCGGUAAAUGUGUUACAGGAAGGAAGAAAUAAAAAUAUUUAUUCGUAUUUAUUACAAAUUAUAAAUAAAAAACAAAGUUUUUCUUCUAAAUUAGUUACAAAUAAAUGACAGAUGAACGUGCAGGUAUCAAGCAUUACCGACCGCCAUACUUGUCACUAUGCGCAUGCGCAAUACCGCGUUAAAAUUAUGUCUUCACCGCAUUUCAUUUUUCAUGACCAUUUAAAUUCCUUGUAUUAUUUUGCCUCUCUCUAAAAGUUAUUUAUUUGUCAGAGUGCCUUGUACCUACUCUUUUGUCUAGAGUUGGAGCUCUAGAAAAAUUAAGACUCUUUCUGAGAUGAGGGUAAUAUUUUAGUAAAGAGAAUGAAGGUGAUGUUUCGUUGAAAGAGGUACAAUAUGUAGAGUUACGUUCAUUUAUAUUAUGAUAGUUUGAGGUUAUAAAAUGAUGUAAAAUAACACUGGAAAAUGAAGAUGUGGAUUCAAAUUAUUUUAUGA